AGUAUACCACAGAACAAGGUUUAUAGAUAAUAGAGGUUGCCUCACAGUCGAAUUUAUGAAAUAUGAGCAGUGGGGGUAAUACGUCACUGCCGUACACGCCGUCGUACAUCGUAAUACCGUAUACGUAAAUACGUAAUAAACUGCCGUACUGUUCUCAUGUUUUUUGAAUUUUAACCGAUAUUCUAAAAUUUUUUCUGUAAUAUUAUAUUCACUUGUGGAAUUAUGAGUACGAGAGGAGGCUCAAGUUUUGCUGUUGCAACAUGUAUUUCUUAUUCUGGCAAAAUAAAGAAAGAUGGAAGGACUGAUGUAUCAUUUCACAGGUUUCCAAAGGACACCGUUCUUCAAAAAUUGUGGGUUCAAAAAUGCAAGCGUGCAGAUAAUUGGAAUCCUAAUACGUCAUAUGUGUGUUCAGAACAUUUCAAUACCGAUGACUUUGAACGUGAUUUGAAAGCUGAACUCUUGGGAAAAAAACCUGUCAGGAGACUGAAAUUAAAUGUAUUGCCUACAGUAAACUUACCCAACUGUCUAUUAACUGAAACAUCAACAACUUUAGGACGCAGAAGUAGAAUGGAGGCUAAAAAGUAUAAAGAGUGUCAUAACGAGUUAAUUGAACAACAGUUAAUGGAACCAACUGUAUUAAAAUUAAUACCACCUAAAGAAAAUCAUGAAAUAUUGUACAAAGAUUUGUGUAAGCAACAUGAAAUUUUAAAAAAAGAGAAUGAAAGCAUCAAGAAUGAAUUAAUUUCAUUAAAACAAUCUGAUUUUGAAUAUAGGAAGAUCAAUGAAUCUCUGAGACAUACUAUAAAAAUUAUUCAAAAAAAUUUGAAAACUACAAAUGUAUCUCUUAUAAAAUUGCAAAAUACUACAAAUAAGCAAAUAAAAUGUCUAACUGAGAAUAAAACUCGUAUUAUUGAAAAAAAAGCAAGAGAUUUUUAGAGCUGAAAGAAUUUUUAGAAAAAUUACCAAGCAAAAAAUCCCCAAAGGACCAGGUAUAGUAAAACAACUUUUACAUAAAAUAAUGAAUAGAAUGGAUAUCGAAGAAAAGUAUAGACCAGUUAUACAUACAUUUGUAAGGCAAAGGAUCUUUAUUCGUAUGAAAUAUGCAAAUAAAAAUCAUCAAAUUCUAGUUUCAAAAAGAAAAGCAAAAUUACAAUUUCAAAAACUUCAAAAGCUGAGAAAACUUAUGACUUGAAAAUUUAUAUAACUUUAUAAUUUGUUUAUUGUAUUGUGUUUUUAAAUGAAAAUAAUUAAAAAAAAUUUGUAUAUUCUGUAUUUA